AUGACCCAGGAACACGUGCGCUACGACGACAUCAUCAUCGGCGCAGGCUCGGCGGGGGCGGUGAUUGCGGCUCGGUUGUCCGAGGACCCAAAUCGUCGGGUCUUGCUGCUCGAGGCCGGGCCCGACUACACCCGUGUCGAGGACAUGCCGCGCGACCUGCUCAAGCCGUGGGUCUCGUGGCGCGACCACGACUGGGGCUUCAAGGCCAACGCCCGGCACGGACGCGAGUUCCCGCUGCAUCGGGGCAAGGUGAUGGGCGGCUCGUCAGCAGUCAAUGGGACGAUUGCCCUGCGCGGCGUCCCCGGCGACUUCGAGUCCUGGGUCGCGCACGGUUGCGACGAGUGGCGCUUCGAGGACGUCCUGCCCUACUACCGACGCCUCGAAUCGGACCCCGAAGGCGGCGACUUCCACGGCCAAUCGGGCCCCCGCGCCUUCUACGACGCCUGCCUCGACAACGGAUUCAACGACAUCUGGGACCACAACCUGCCCGACGCCACCGGGGUUGGACCAUGGCCGCGCAAUCGCAGCAACGGCAAUCGCAUCUCGACCAACAUCGCCUACCUGCUCGGCAUCCGCGACCGCGAGAAUCUGACCAUCCGCCACGGGGUACUCGUCGACAAGCUCAGCUUCGACGGCGAUCAGGGCGCUCGUGUCGAUGGUGUCAUUCUUAGCGACGGCGAAGUGAUCCUCGCCGACCGCGUCUGCGUCUCGGCGGGGACGGCGGUCUCCCCGGCGAUCUUGAUGCGCAGCGGAAUCGGACCGGCAGAGAAGCUCUCGCCGCACGGGAUCAAGCAGCGGGUCCCGCUGCCCGGCGUCGGCGAGAACCUGAUCGACCACUGCGGCACCGGCGUGCAGGCCUUCCCCAAAGCCGAUGCGUUGUGCACGACCCCGACAUCGUGA